AUGGAGGAUAUGAUGCAACUUCUUCACUGCUUUGCCAAACUGGAUUUCAGGUGUUCGCGAGUAAUAAGCCGGUCGACCGCGCUGUUCUGGUUAGACCACAUUAUUGCUCUACAAAAACAACAGGCCAUACUAUCGGCAAAACUAGGCACAGCCAACGUGAGAAAUCACGGAUGGUUAAUUGGGGAUUCGAACGGCGGAAUCCGGAAUCCUGGCAAAUGUAAGGACGAUGCCUUCUUGCAAAUGGCAGGUAUGCUUGUUGCAAUGAAUUUUAACGCCACAUCUCAGAAGAAAGUGUGUUAG